AUGGUACAAGAGAGAGAGAGAUUUUUUUCUCAGGCAGGAGGUGUUCAUAGCUUUGUUCAUGGUGGUAAAUUCAGAAUUUGCAAAGCUUAUCAGUUUCUUAAACCUGAAGCUAACUCAGUGAGCUGGAAAAGAAUCAUCUGCAACAGUCGAGCUAGUCCUAAAAGCACCUUUAUUGUGUGGCUUGCUAUCCAAAAUAGGUUAGCGACAAAGGAUAGAUUGAUGAGCUGGAACUUGAAUGUAGAUGGACAGCGUGUCCUUUGUCAGAAGUAUCCAGAGACAGUGACUCAUCUCUUCUUUGAGUGUGAGUAUUCAGCUGCAAUUUGGGAUAAGGUGAUGCAGUCUUGUGGUGGUCAAAGGAGUAUUCAGAAUUGGCCUGAGUUGAUUGAGUGGGUGGCUAAGAAGAGUAGAAGCACUAAGUCACCUGAUACUUAUAGGAGUGUUCUGUUUAUUGAGUCAGUAUAUGCAAUCUGGAUUCAAAGGAACUCUAAGCUGUUCAAAAACAAGUUAGAUUCUUGUAGUAAUGUAGUUAAUAGAGUUCUGUUUAGAACUGCUUGUAGGCAGGAUAGGUGA